CGCUCAGCUGUUGCGGGGCGGGGCUGCUGCUGACCAUGGCGGGCGAGCUUGAGAGCUCCAAAGCUCUGAGUGGGUUGCUGAACGGCCUGGCCCAGGAAGCUUUCUAUGGGCACCAAGGCAUCACGGAGGAGCUGCUGCGGAGCCAGCUCUAUCCCGAGGUGUCCCUCGAGGAGUUCCGCCCCUUUCUGGCGAAGAUGAGGGGGAUUCUUAAGUCUAUUGCAUCUGCAGACAUGGAUUUCAACCAGCUGGAGGCAUUCUUGACUGCUCAAACCAAAAAACAAGGUGGGAUCUCAUCUGACCAAGCCGCUGUCAUUUCCAAAUUCUGGAAGAGCCACAAGAUAAAAAUUCGAGAGAGUCUCAUGAACCAGAGCCGUUGGGACAGUGGGCUUCGGGGCCUGAGUUGGAGAGUUGAUGGCAAAUCGCAGUCAAGGCAUUCAGCUCAGAUACAUACCCCUGUUGCCAUAAUGGAGCUGGAAAUAGGGAAAAGUGGACAGGAAUCCGAAUUUCUGUGUUUGGAAUUUGAUGAAGUCAAGGUCAAUCAACUCCUAAAGAAGCUCUCAGAGGUAGAAGAAAGUAUCAGCACACUGAUGCAGCCAGCCUAGCUGAAGAUGGAGUUGUUGAAGCAAAGGCAUUUAUGGCUCUGUAUAUUUUUUGCAACUCCAUGUGAAUCAAGUAUUACUUCAAAAUAAAAAUUUUAAGAAAAAGUAUGUACUUCUGCUCUGCCAAGGGAACUGUGUGUGGCGAUGACUUGGCUAUUGUAUCUAUCCUCAAGGAGGUUAGUCUAGUGGAGCAAACUAUCAACAGAAUGAUCUGGAAGAUGAGGAGAUGCUGCUUGCUGCAGAGAUGAGAGAAGACACUGAAGAAUAUCCAGGAAAACCCUCACAAAGGUACAAUUGAGGGCUUGUAUGAAUUGAAGAACUAUGCUUCUACCACGGGAAUUCCAUUCUUAGGCCAAUCCCUGACAAGGUUGUCACUUCUGUCUUCUCAGAUCUUCAGGGACCACAGCUGAAGCCAUUUGGGACAGGGAUGGAUGCACACCCUGAUUAAGGCUAAUAUUCCUAGCUGACAGCUUUUCUCUGCAGCUCAGAAUUCUUAGAGAUACCCUAUCUCCUACCAAGUCAUUCAAAAUGUUCAAAAUGUAGCUACUGACUUCCUUUAUAAAAGAUAGGAAGAAUGGUGUUAAAACAGGAAGGGAAGCCUAGAACAUUUGUUGGGGUUACUAAUAAUGAAAACAUUUCAAAGAGUUCCCAUAUACCUUUAACAAACCUCCUCAACUCUACCGAACAUUAACACUUUGCUUUGGGGUUCUAACACUUGUUUAAUGAUUAUUUUAAAUCUUUUUGAUUGGACAACACAUUCUUUUAGUUUAUAAAGAAAAAUAGUACAAAG